AUGUCUGUCUUCGGCAACCACAUUUGUGGCUGUUACUACACAUCCUCCUACUACAAUCGCAGCUAUCUCCCUCAAGUCCACCUGGACUCCCACACCACCAUCACCCCUCUUUACUUCACCACCAGACUCUCGCAGACUUUUCAAAAUCCCUCUGGACGCCAACUUCCGGAAACUCGCUACACAUUCCCCCUGUACGACGGUGUCGUCGUGACUGCCUUCACCUGCACUAUCGGUGACAAGAUCAUAAAGGGCCAUGUUGAGCAAAAAGAGCAAGCUCGCAAGACCUUUGAUGACGCUGUCAGCAGAGGUGAAACUGCUGGUCUUCUCGAGUCCCUUCCUACCGGCGUCUUCGGAGUCACCCUUGGAAACAUCCCUGUCGACGCUCCAAUCCAAGUCGACAUCACCUAUGGAGGCGAGCUCAAGCACGAUGCUCAGAUCGAUGGCUUGCGCUACAUUCUUCCAACCUCGAUCGCUCCUCGGUACGGCAACUACCCUGGCGAACUCCUCAAACUUGAUUCAGCCAUCCCCAAGAACAUGAAGAUUACUGUCGAUAUCGACAUGGCAGGCUCGAACAUCCGCAAAGUCCAGUGUCCCUCCAGCCACUCCAUCGCUUUGGAUAUCGGAACUCUGUCGACCGCUCCUCACUCUACCUUCAACAUCUCAAAGGCAUCUGUCUCCUUGACUCACAACACAACCGAGCUCGGUUCAGAUUUCGUCUUGCAAAUCCUGGUUGACGACAUUGGUUCUCCGAAGGCCAUCCUCGAGAAGCAUUCCCUGCCUGGUCGUCAAGCUCUCAUGGCAACAUUCGUGCCGCGCUUCAACCUCAAAUCUAUCAGACCAGAAAUUAUCUUCAUCGCAGAUCAGAGUGGCAGUAUGUCAGGUGCCAAGAAUACUGCUCUUGUUGCCGCUCUUAAGACGUUCCUCAAGUCUUUGCCAGCUGGAGUCCGCUUCAAUAUCUGCGCUUUCGGAUCACACCACAAGUUCCUUUGGGAGAAGAGCGUUUCCUACAACCAAGAAAACUUCAGUCAUGCUCUCAACUUCGUGCAAGGAUUUGGCGCCAACUAUGGUGGCACAGAACUCNUGCAACCCGUCAAAGCCGCCUUCAAAUCGCACCUCCGCGAUAUGCCCCUCGAGCUCGUUGUCUUAACCGAUGGCGAGAUUUAUGCAGAGUCUCAGCUGUUUGAUUAUGUCAACAGCCAGAUCCACGACAAGAAAGUCGAUGUCCGUUGCUUCGUGCUCGGUGUUGGUCGUGAUGUCUCUCACACUUUGGUCGAAGGCUUUGCUCGCGCUGGUAAUGGUAUCGCCCAGUUCAUCACUGACGGCGAAGUCAUGGACUUCAAGGUUGUACGUAUGCUCAAAGCUGCUUUGUAUCCCCAUGUCAAGGAUUACCGCUUGGAGGUCAAGUAUGAUGAGACGGAUGAUUUUGAGAUGGUCGAGAGUGUAGUUCCUACUCAGGCGGUAGACGCAUCUGUCUCCGUAAACCAGCCCAAGACGUCCAUAUCACUGUUCGACCAGUCUGUCAACCUCACUGAUGCCCCCGACGAGAAUUCUGAUCGCUAUGCUCAUCUUCCUGGCGUUGCUGUACCCGAAACCAUCCAAGCACCCAAUGUUAUCCCUGCCCUGUUGCCCUUCAACCGCACUACUGUGUAUCUGCUCUUACAGGAAACGAGCAAGACUCCUAAGUCUGUCGUUCUGCACGGUACCUGUCCAGAGGGCCCACUAACAUUGGAGAUAACCAUAAAGAGAACCGACAAUCCCGACUACACCAUCAACACUCUCGCGGCCAAGAAGGUUAUCCAAGAGCUUGAAGAAGGCAGGGGCUGGUUAACAACCGCACAGGAGGGUAAUGAGCUCAUCAAGGAUAAACACUCCUCCCGCUUCGACGAAUUGCUCGAAAAGGAAGUCGUCCGCCUCGGCAUUGACUACCAAGUUGCCAACAAAUGGUGCUCGUUUGUUGCUGUUGAGCCCGACCAGAAAGGCAGGAGCACCGUCGAAACCAAAGCUCAAGAAGAUGUGGUUCAGGAAUCUGAUGCGUCAAUUCACGUCAUGUCAGGCAUUCGAUACCGCCGCCGAGCUAUGCCCUCUCCACCCAGUCCCAUCAGUAGAGGCUUUUUCGGUGGAGGUCGUGACCGUGACCGUGGUAGUGGUCGCGGUGGUGGUCGCAGUGGUAUGGCUCUGAAGUCAGCACCGCCACCUGUGAUGCUGCAGUCUCAGGCUAUGUCCAUGGGCCAACCUCAAUUCGCUAUGAACCCGGUGCUUGACAUGUCAAAGUCAACAAGUCAUGGUCUCUUCGGCUCAAUGGAGAUGCCGAAAGCUGCUCCUUCCUUUGCCGCUCCUUCUCCUCCUCCUCCUGCUCCUCGUGCAUAUGCGCCGGCAGCUCCUUCUUUCCCACACGGCGCUCCUUCUAUCUCGUCUUCAGCCACUGCCUUGUUCAACACUUCUAUCUUGGCAUCUUCGGCUGCUUCUCCUCUCCUAGGCCGCGCUCCUCCUGGUACUGAAGACGCUCUUGUCAUUCCUACCAAUGAUAUCUUGGCAGCAGUCAGAGCUCUUCUUGACCUUCAGUCGUUCGAUGGUCACUGGGACUGGAACGAGGCUCUUUACACCUUCUUUGCCUCAGUCAUUGUCAAGAUCAGGAACGCUGGGGCCCAAGAGGACCCAACGCUGGCUACUGCAUUGGUGCUGGCAUGGUUGAAGACGUCGGCAGCUGACUACAGCGACCUUUGGGAAAUGGUCGCGGACAAGGGCUCUGAGUGGCUUCUGACUCAGGAAAACUAUGAGCAAGUCAUGAGCACUGCUAUGAGUAUUCUCACUGGUCAUACAUGA